GAUUUGGGGACCCCCCCAGGAUUUGGGGACCCCCCCAAAACUUGGGGACCCCCCCAAAACUUGUCCCCCCCCCCAUUGACCCCCCUCUCUCCUUUGCAGCCCGCCCCGAGGACGAUGCAGGCCAGCGCUGGCCCCGCGGGCUGCCCCAUGGACACCUCGAGUGGGGUGCCCGGAGCUGCUGAGGACGCCCCCAAGGAGCCGACGGCAGCCGUGGUGGCCGCCGGCCGCCCCUACAUCUGCAGCGAGUGCGGCAAAGCCUUCGGGCAGUGGUCGAAGCUGGAACGGCACCGCCGGAGCCACACGGGCGAGCGCCCCAACGCCUGCGGCGAGUGCGGCAAGCGCUUCGCCCAACGCUCCCACCUGGCCCAGCACCUCCGCACCCACACCGGCGAGCGGCCCUACAAGUGCGCCGACUGCGGCAAAGCCUUCGGCUGGAGCUCCAACCUGGCCCAGCACCGCCGCACCCACACCGGCGAGCGGCCCUACGCCUGCGGCGAGUGCGGCAAGGCCUUCAGCCAGAGCACCAACCUGGUCAAGCACCAGCGCGCCCACGCCGGCGAGCGGCCCUACGCCUGCGGCGAGUGCCGCAAGGCCUUCUACCGCAGCUCCGACCUCCUCCAGCACCAAGCCAGCCACUCCGGCGAGCGGCCCUACCGCUGCGGCCAGUGCGGCAAAGCCUUCGCCCAGCGCGCCAACCUCCUGAAGCACGGCAAGACGCACGGCGGCGAGAAGCCCUUCCGCUGCGGCGAGUGCGGCAAAGGCUUCGUGCAGAGCUCGGAGCUCAUCCAGCACCAGCGCAGCCACAGCGGCGAGAAGCCCUUCGCCUGCACCGAGUGCGGCAAGCGCUUCGGCCACGGGGCCACCUUGGCCAAGCACCGGCGGCUCCACCUGGGCUUGCAGCCCCACCGGUGCGGCGAGUGCGGGCGGGCCUUCGGGCUGCGCUCGGCGCUGGCGCGGCACCAGCGGGCGCACGGGGAGGAGCGGCCCUUCGCCUGCGCCGAGUGCGGCCAGGCCUUCGCCCUGCGCUCCAACCUGGCCCUCCACCGGCGCACCCACGCCGGCGAGCGGCCCUACCGCUGCGGCGAGUGCGGCAAGGCCUUCGGCAUGAGCUCCACCUUGGUGCGGCACCAGCGCAUCCACACCGGCGAGAAGCCCUACGGCUGCGGGGAGUGCGGGCGAGCCUUCGUGCGCAGCGCCCACCUGGAGCAGCACCGGCGCACCCACACCGGCGAGAGGCCCUACGGCUGCGCCCGCUGCGGCCGGCGCUUCAGCCAGAGCUCCAACCUCAUCACCCACGAGCGGGUGCACCUGGAGGAGGCGCACGGCGUGGCGGCGGCGGCGGCGGCGGCGGCGCGGGCGGGUGCGGCGGGGGCCGAGGAGGAGCCGGGUUUGGAGGGGGUGGGGGAGAAGAUGAAGGUGAAGAGGUUUGGGGGGCACCAAGGUGCGGGGGCGGGGGGGGAGCACCCAAAGAACGAGAGACCCGGGGGGCACCAAGGACUGGAGGUGUUUGGGGAGCACCCAAAGACCAAGAGACUUGGGGGGCACGAGGGUUUGGGGAUGACGAUGGAGGUCCAACCAGGUCUGGAGAUGAUGGAGGAGCACCCAAAGGUGAAGACUUUUGGGGUUCAUCAAGAUUUGGAGGUGUUGGAGGAGCACCCAAAGACUGAAAGACUUGGGGCGCAACCAAGUUUGGAGACAUUCAAAGAGCACCCAAAGAACAAGAGACUUGGGGGGGGUCACCAAGGUCUGGAGAUGUUGGAGGAGCACCCAACGAUGAAGGCUCUUGGGGUGCAUCAAGAGCUGGAGAUGUUUGGGGAGCACCCAAAGGUGAAGGUUGGGGUGCAGCCAAGUCUGGAGAUGUUGGAAGAGCACCCAAAGACCAAGAGCGUUGGGGUACGUCAAGAUUCGGAGAUGACGGAGGUCCAACCAACGCCGGAGACGUUGGAGGAGCACCCAAAGGUGAAGACUCUUGGGGUGCAUCAAGAUCUGGAGACCUUGGGAGAGCACCCAAAGACCGAGAGACUUGGGGGGGGUCACCAAGGUCUGGAGAUGUUGGAGGAGCACCCAACGAUGAAGGCUCUUGGGGUGCCACCAGCUCUGGAGACCAUGGAGGGGCACCCAAAGGAGCACCCCGAGGUGGAGCACCCAAAGGUGCCCCCGAAAUGCGGCCAUAUUGGGUGUGGCCAUGUUGGGGGUGGCCAUAUUGGGCCCCCCCAUGGGGGCGGCCAUUUUGGGGCCCGCCCCGAGGAUGGCCAUGUUGGGGCCUCCCAUGGCGGCAGCCAUAUUGGGUGUGGCCACGCUGGGGGCGGCCAUAUUGGGUGUGGCCACGCUGGGGGCGGCCAUGUUGGGGCCCCCCAUGGGGGCGGCCAUGUUGGGGGCGCCAAAGGCGGCGGCCAUAUUGAGGCCACCGCAGUCCAUGGGUCCCCCGGCGGCGGCCAUGCCGUGACCCGGCGUGACGACGGCCAUGUCGCGAUCGGAGGCGGCGGCCAUGAUGCGUCCCGGUGCGGUGGCCAUGUUGUGGGCAAGUCCCGUGGCCAUGCUGGGCCCAAGCCCGGUGGCCAUGUUGGCCCCAAGUCCAGUGGCCAUGUCGUGGCCAACGGUGGCCAUAUUGUGGCCUGGUUGAGCACCGAGAUCGUGGCCAACGCCGGCGGCCAUGUCGUGGCCGACGGUAGCCAUAUUGUGGCCCGGUUGAGCCCCCAUAUCAUGGCCAACACCGGCGGCCACGUUCCGUCCGACUCCAGCAGCCACGUUGGCGGCCAAACCUUGAACUCCAGUAGCCACUGCCCCGCAGCCCGGCCCGGCGGCCACCUUGUGGCCCUCGUCCCCCUCCCGCUUGCCGUGCGUCCUCUCGUGCUUGCGCAGCCCCGAGGCGCCGCCGAAGCCCUUCCCGCAGCGCCCGCAGGCGUAGGGCCGCUCGCCCGAGUGCGUCCGCCGGUGCUUGCCCAGCGCCGCCCGCUCGCCGAAGCCUUUGCCGCACUCGCCGCAGCGCCAGGGCCGCUCGCCCGUGUGGGUCAAGCGGUGCCGCUUGAGGUCCCAGGAGGCCACGAAGGCUUUGCCGCACUCGCCGCAGCGCCAGGGCCGCUCGCCCGUGUGGGUCCGCCGGUGCACGGCCAGGUCGGCCGGUUGCCGGAAGGCCUUGCCGCACUCGCCGCAACCGUAGGGCUUGACGCCUUGGUGCGCCCGCUGGUGCCGCCGGUAGCUGGAGGGGUCGGAGAACAUCCGGCCGCACUGCGGGCACAGGUAGGGCCGCUCGCCGGUGUGGACGCGCUGGUGGCUCUGGUAGGAGGAGAGCUGGGUGAAGGACUUGCCGCAGGUGCCGCAGGCGUAGGGCUUGCGCGGCGCGUGGAUGCGCUGGUGGCAGGCGAGCGAGGACGAGCGGCCGAAGCUCUUGCCGCACUCGGCGCACAGGAAGGGCCGCUCGCCCGUGUGGCUGCGCUGGUGGUUGCGGAGGUCCUUGCGCUCGGCGUAGGCUUUGGGGCAGGCGCCGCAGCGGUGAGGCCGAAGGCCGGCGUGGCCCCGCCGGUGUUUGCGGUAAACCGAAGGGUCGGCGAAAGAUUUGGGGCAAUCCGGGCAGGAAAAGGGGCGUUCGCCGGUGUGGGCGCGCUGGUGGAUGGUGUUUUGGCCACGUCCAUCGCGGCGCCGGCAUCUCCAGGUGCUUCGGGGACAUCCAUGGGGGUGGCGUCACCUCCGGAGGUGGCGGUGGUGGCAUCUGGGGACGCUUCGGACGCCGCGGUGGCCGUGGCGGCUCGGGACCUGGUGGCGGCGGCACCUCUGGACCUGGUGGUGGCACCUCCGGACCUGGUGGCGGUGGCACCGCGGGACCUGGUGGCGGUGGCACCUCGGGACCUGGUGGUGGCACCCAUGGGUUCCUCCAUCACCGCGGUGGCACCUCCGGACCUGGUGGUGGCACUCCUGGACCUGGUGGUGGCACCGGUGGCGCCGGGGAAGGUCUCGGCGCGGGCGGGACACCGGAAGCGGCGCCCCGGCUUCCCGGUGGGCGCCGGGGGGACGGGGACGUCCCCGCGGGUGCCACCACGGAGGUCCAGGUCCUGGAGGUCCCCACUGGUGUCACCUGGGGGCGUCCCGUGGGCGUUGCGUCGGGGGUCUUCGGGGGGGUCGACGUGGGGGGCGUCACGGGCACGGGUGACAUCGUGGGGGGGGGCCUUGGGCGCCAUCUUGGUGGCCUCGGUGGGUGACGUCUUGAUCUCCGUGGGUGACAUCGUUGAGGUCUUCACGGAUGUCAUCGUUGAGGUCUUCGUGGGUGUCAUCGAGGUCCCCGUGGGUGCCAUCGUUGAGGUCCCCGUGGGCGUCAUCGUUGAGGCCUUCGUGGGUGUCAUCGAGGUCCCCGUGGGUGCCAUCGUUGAGGUCCCCGUGGGUGCCAUUGUUGAGGUCUUCGUGGGUGCCAUCGUUGACGUCCCCAUGGGUGCCACCAACGGCAUCAUCUCGGUGGUCCCCAUGGGUGCCAUCGUUGAAGGUCCCUUGGGUGCCAUCGUUGAGGUCCCCGUGGGCGACAUCGUUGAGGGUCCCUCGGGUGCCAUCGUGGACGUCCCCACGGGUGCCAUCACGGAGGUCCCCACGGGCGGCGUCUCGGUGGCCCCCACGGGCGUCAUCGUUGAGUUCCCGACGGGCGCCAUCGCUGAGGUCUUCACGGGUGUCACCGAGGUCCCCAUGGGCGCCAUCGGGGACGUCCCCACGGGUGCCACCACCGCUGUCCCCACGGGUGCCAUCGUUGAGGUGCCCACGGGUGCCAUCUUGGUGGCCCCAACGGGCGCCGUCACGGAGGUCCCCAUGGGUGCCACCACCAACGACCCCUUGGGUGCCACCGCCGACGUCCCCUCGGGUGCCAGCUUGGUGGCCCCCACGGGUGACGUCACGGAGGUCCCCACGGGUGCCACCGCCGACGUCCCCACCCGGCCCCUCCUGCCGCUCCUCCAUGGCCCCCUGCGGAUAAAUCACGGCGACUGGGAUUCCCGGCGCCGGCAUCACCGGCGGCCCCCUAAGAUGGCCGCCGUCGGCGCUCGCCUUCCUCCUCCUCCUCCUCCUCCUCCUCUUCUUCCUCCCCCGGGGGCUCCUUCGGGGCCCGACCCCCCCGGCGUUCGCCUCCCCUACGGCUGCUCCGACUGCGGCCGCCGCUACCGGCACCGCGGCAGCUUGGCCAACCACCGGCACGCUCACCGCACCGGCGUCUUCGCCUGCCCGGCGUGCCCCAAACAUUUCGGCAACGCCAUGGCCUUGCGGACCCACCUCCGCGCUCACCGGGCGGCGGCGGCGGCGGCGCGCGGCGGCGGCGUUACCGACCGCUCUUACCGGUGCGAGGCGUGCGGCAAGACUUACCGCCACUCGGGGAGCCUGAUCAACCACAAGCGGACGCACCAAACGGGCGAUUUCGGCUGCGGGCUCUGCGCCAAGAGGUUCGCCAAUUUGGGGGCGCUCAAAGGUCACCUCCGCGGGCACCGGCACCGGGCGGGGACGGCGGCGGCGGCGACGGCGGCGGCGGCGGUUCCGGUAGGGAUCUACCAGUGUUCGUUGUGUCCCGAGGAGUUCGGCGCGUUGGCGGCGCUCCGGGAGCAUUUUGGGCGUCACCGGUGGCCGGCGGAAGAGGAGGAGGAGGAGGAGGAGGAGGAGGAGGAGGAGGUGGCCUUCCUCUGCGCCGUGUGCGGCGGGGUCUUCGCCGGCGAGGCCGAUUUGGCGCGGCACCACGGCGAGGAGCACGGCGCAACGGCGCCGGAGGAGCGGGCGGCGUGGCACAUCUGCGGGCGGUGCGGGCAGCCCUUCGGCGACAUGGAGAGCCUGCGGGAGCACCGGCGCGAGGAAGAGGAGGAAGAGGAGGAAGAAGAGGCCGAGAGGAGGCCGUACGCCUGCGGCGUCUGCGGCAAGACCUACCGGCACGGCGGCAGCCUGGUCAACCACCGGCAGACCCACCAAACCGGCGUCUUCCCCUGCGCCGUCUGCUCGCGGCGCUACGCCACCGUGGCCGCCUACCGCAACCACCUCCGCAACCACCCGCGCUGCAAAGCCGGGCCGGCGCCGGCGGCGCCUCGCGGGGAGGAGGAGGAGGAGGAGGAGGAGGCCGGGGGGAGGAAGGAAGAAGCGGCGCGGCCCUACCGCUGCGAGGAGUGCGGCCGGAGCUACAAGCACGCCGGCAGCCUGGUGAACCACCGGCAGAGCCACGCCACCGGCUCGUUCCGCUGCGGCGCCUGCCCCAAGGCUUUCGGCAACCUGAUGGCCUUGAAGAAUCACCGGCGGAGCCACGGCGAGCGGCGGCGGCGGCGGCGGCGGCGCGGCGCGGGCCGUCAAGCUUUGCGCCUCCGCCGGCAGCUGCUCGGCCACCAGCGGCUGCACCCGGCCGCGGACGGCGCCGGCGAGGAGGGGUUGGCGUCAGCGACGGCGUUAAAGAUGGAGGAAGAGCCUCCAGGAGACUUCAGCUCGACGGUGGCGGCGUUGGAGGACUCUUCGGCAUCGCCGACGCCGUUUAAGAUGGAGGAAGAGCCUCCAGGAGACCUCAACUCAACGGUGGCGGCGUUGGAGGACUCUUCGGCACCACCGACGGCGUCAAAGAUGGAGGAAGAGCCUCCAGAACGCCAAAACCCAACGGUGACGGCGUUGGAGGACGUUUUGGUGCCGCCAACACCGUUAAAGAUGGGGGAAGAGCCUCCAGAAGACCAAAACUCACCGGUGACGGUGUUGGAGGACUCUUCGUUGUCACCAACACCGUUAAAGAUGGAGGAAGAGCCUCCAGUAGACAUCAACCCAACGGUGACGGCGUUGGAGGACUCUUGGGCAUCACCAAUGCCGUUAAAGAUGGGAGAAGAGCCUCCAGAAGACCUCAACUCAACGGUGAUGGCGUUGGAGGACUCUUCGGCGUCACCGACGACGUUAAAGAUGGAGGAAGAGCCUCCAGAAGACCAAAACUCACCGGUGACAGUGUUGGAGGACUCUUCGGCAUCGCCAACGCCAUUAAAGAUGGAAGAAGAGCCUCCAAAACACCAAAACCCAACAGUGACGGUGUUGGAGGACGUUUUGGUGUCGCCGACACCGUUAAAGAUGGGGGAAGAGCCUCCAGAAGACCUCAACUCAACGGUGACGGUGUUGGUGGACUCUUCGGUGUCGCCAACGCCAUUAAAGAUGGAAGAAGAGCCUCCAGUAGACCUCAACUCAACGGUUACGGCGUCGGAAGACAUUUUGGGGUCACCAACACCGUUAAAGAUGGAAGAAGAGCCUCCAGUAGACCUCAACUCAACGGUGACGGCGUUGGAGAACUCUUCGGCAUCGCCAAUGCCAUUAAAGAUGGAGGAAGAGCCUCCAGAAGACCUCAACCCAACGGUGCCGGCGUUGGAGGACUCCUCGGCACCCCAACCCUCUUUCUCGGCGCUCCCGGCGUCUCCCGGCCCCCUCACGGCGCCGGUGACGGCGUUGGGGACCCCGGGGGGGUUUCGGGGUCACCCCAAAUCCUCGGCGGCGCCCCAAAGCCCGGCGCCGGAGGGGCGUCCCCCCCCCUACGGUGUCCCCGGGGGUCCCGGCCCCUCCGGCACCGUCGCGUUGCCCCCCCGGCAUCGGGUCGCCGGCGGCGCCGAGGGGGACGGGGGACGGUGUCGGGGCGUGGGGGGGGCGGGGCGCGUCCCCCAGGAUUAAAUUUGGGUUGUUUUGGA